AGAGAAAAAUAUUGCGAAAGGAAAUAGAGAAAAACGUCACUUGAACGAAUCCUCUAAACUUCAUGAAACACUUUGAUUAUAAUUAUUAUGAUCGGUUUUCUCAUCAAUAUAAGAGUUUCAUCCUUAUAAUUUCAAAGUUUAUGCAUUCUAUGAACUUUUAAGUGUGAGAAGACUGAAGUGUAUCGUGUUUGUGAAUGUAGUACUUAUACUGUACUGUGUUAUGUGAUAUGAACAACAUUGGUUUGUAUUUCGAUUUCGACCAUGAAAUCCAGUAAAAGAAGGCUCCAGGCACUCACGGAAGGUUCUGAUGGACUACCAAACUACCUUAAAAUGGAAGAUUCGGAGACAUCGAUCCCGCCAGUAUUUAGGUCUCGUCUACAUGAGUUAUUUUCUCAAAUAGAAAAAGAAUUUGACCUUCUAUAUACUGAGAAUUUGAAUCUUCAAGAAAAGAUAGACAUUCUGAGUGAAAAGUUGGAGCGUGAGAGUUAUGUGGGAGAUAAACAGAACUUAGACUACAUAGAGUUUGAUGUAACUGGAAAAAACUCUAAAGUAAAAUUGACACAAAGUAACUCCCAAAAAGUGAAAGCAAGCCACAAACUGAGAGUUCAGACAAGUAAGAUAGUAUCCAGUUUCAAAGCUCCAACCUACAAUUGCCAGUUGGUGAGGGAGUUCACGGGACAUAAAGAUGGAAUCUGGGAUGUCUCAUCAGCUCGCCCCGGACAAGCACUCAUUGGCACUGCGUCAGCUGAUCACACAGCUUGCGUAUGGAGCGUAGAGUGGGGAAAAUGCCUUUUGCAGUACACAGGACACUCUGGCUCUGUAAAUUCAAUCCGUUUUCAUCCCAGUAGAGAUAUCGCACUUACAAGCAGUGGUGAUAAUACCGCACAUGUCUGGCAAGCUGCUGUUAAUUGGGACUUGCCGCGCGGACAAUCAUCUGAGGAAGAAUUGGAAGGUGGGGGUGAAGAAAGUCUAGGAGAAGGCGGGGACAGGCCCGAGGUACUGCGGACGCCGCUGACGGAGCUGGGCGGGCACCAGGGCGUGGUGGUGGCCGCGGACUGGCUCACCGGCGGGGACCACGUCAUCACCGCGUCCUGGGACAGGACGGCCAACCUCUAUGAUGUCGAAACUGGAGAAUGUUUGCAAGUCCUUACAGGUCACGACCACGAGCUCACUCACGCGUCGGCUCACCACGCGUCGCGUCUGGUGGUGACGGCGUCACGUGACACCACGUUCCGCCUGUGGGACUUUCGUGAGCCCAUACACUCCGUCUCCGUAUUCCAAGGACACACCGAGAGUGUGACAUCAGCUGUAUUUACGCGGGAGGACAAAGUGGUUUCCGGAUCUGACGACCGUUCCGUUAAGGUAUGGGAUGUCCGUAACAUGAGAUCAGCUCUAGCCACGAUCAGAUCCGACUCUUCGGUGAACCGCGUCGGCGUGAGCGGCAACGGUCUGAUUGCCAUCCCUCACGACAACCGCCAAGUGCGAAUCUUCGACCUGCAGGGACAGAGGCUCGCCAGACUACCGAGGUCCAGUCGACAGGGACAUCGUCGCAUGGUAACUUCCGUAGCGUGGGCCGACGAAGUAUCCCCGAACAUCAACUUCUUCAGCUGCGGCUUCGACAGACGCAUCCUGGGCUGGUCCAUCCAACCCUCCAAGGAGAACUAAAUACUAAGACUUUACAGGUAUAUGUCCGUUCAACUUAGUUGUUUACUAUUUUAACUAAAGUAUCAAAUUGAUAUAUCAUAGUACAGACGUAAUCUAAACAAUCGAUUAUGAUCUUUAAAUCAAUUGAAUAGAGAUCAUAGAUAAUAUAACUUGUAUUGACGACCUUAGAUCCAGUUUUACUUCUUUAAUGUAAGCUAUAACAGUAACUAAUCUCAAGUGUUAUAAUAUGUAUGGCAUGUUUGAUCCGUGUCUGUACUAUCUAAGCCUUAAAAACGGACAGUAGCAACUGUAAGAGCAGGACGGUGCAUUUUAACACAUAGCUGUGUUCCGCUUCUAAUUAAAAGUCCAAUACAGGCACUUAGGACAAAGAUAAAGAUGAGAAAUGUUGUCUGUACAAAUUCAUAUCAAUGUUACGGAAAAUAUGACACAACAUGCAGGCAACAUGAAUAGUCAUGCAGCCUUGAGAUUUAAGAUGUAAAUCCCAGCAUUUAUUUCCCAUGCCUGUAAAGAAGAAUACCCCGGAUUUUAAUUGUUUUACCCUCUACACAUUGUGGUAUAUUUAUGGUAGAACUGUCCUAUCUGUACAUACUUCAUGUUCCAUGUAUAAAAAUAUUGCCUAUAAUAUGAUAUUGAUGUUUACUUCCUAUGUGUGAUUAUAUUAUAUAUGUUGCUGUAAAUUAUGAUUAGGAUAAAUGACUUAUUUUUUAGAAUAUAUAUGAUUCCAUUGGCAUUUCUUUGUGAAAUUGGUGAGAUAUCUAUGUGUUAUGAUAAAAUAUAUUAGCUCUCAAUUUUUAAUAUAUUUGACUUGCAAAAUGGUAAGGUUGUCUUGUUAAUAUUACUGGUAAGCGGCUUGGUGUUUGUUUGCUAAGUAUCCUUCUGAAAAAGAAGUUAAAUUUAAAUAAUGCACAAACCCUUUUAAUUAGUAUUCUAUAUUCUACAAAUACAGUCAUGUGACAAAAAUAUAUGUAACAAAUUUCAUUACAAAGACAACAUAAUUUAAGAAAGUACUUCAGUAGAUGGAAUAAGAUGCGAUACAGAUCGAACCGAUGAAUAAGAUUUACAUUUCCUAUAAAAUUUGUCACAAACUUCAAUGACUUUUGACAGACGGUUUCUUGCGUACUAAGAGCCAUAUUUUCAAUUAUUCAGUCCUUUUUAAAACAUUUGUUGGAACCACAGUUUUUUUUAAUACAUAUUAUGACGAUAACAUUGUUUGUCCAUAAAUUGUUAUUUAUUUAAUGUGGGUUGUUGGUGUCCUUUAACCAUUGUAGUUUAAGUAAAUUUUGGUGAUAAGGAAUUAGGUUGUUGUAUUAGUUUUAUGUUGAAAGGUGAGUCCGGUUUGUCGCCUUGUUUUAAAGUUUAAGGCCAUAAUCUUUUAAUUGAGACAUUAUGUUCCAUUUGGUUCGAUACUUAACUAAAGGCAAAGAAUCUUGAUGCGUCCACUUUUUUUUCUACCCAGUUAAAAAAUAAACUGAAGAAAAAUCUUUGUUAAUCUGCAAUUACCGAAUCGAGUACUUUUUCUUUAAUGUGUGAUCGUGUAAAAAUAUUAACCAAGAUAAUUUAACUUUAGUUAAGUAACCAAAUGGUGUUAAUGUUGAUAAAAUAUAGUGAAAAUGUUCUAGCAUGGUUUGAUAAUAAUUAAAAUCUUUUUUCAAUUAAAUGUUCGCUCUUUCAUGUAGCACAAAAAUAUCAUAUCGUUUUGAAGUAUGUAUGCAAAGGUGAUUAACGAAACACGUAUAAUAAUGGCAACAUAUAGUUAUAUAAAUUCUCAAAAAUAUCAUGGUAAUGCGGGUGAAAGAAAGUACCUAAAUUUUGUAACUAUUGUACGUACGAUCAAAUCAUAAUGGUAUGCGUAUCGUGUCAUAUCUCUGUAAGAUAACCGUUUAAAAGAUACCACACACCAAAAAUAUAUCGUUUACACUGAUAUAAUACGGCACACAGGUCGUGCAGGACUAAAGUGAACCUGAACCAACCAAUGGAAUAGAGUUUGACAAAAAAAAACUGUUUCGUCCAUCAGAUAGAUUUCCUACAAAUAUUAAUGCGUAUUUUUUCUUCGAUCUAUUAAAUAAAACUCGUGUGUCGUCACUUGCCAGUAAAAGGCGUACUGGCAAGUGACGUCACACUUGUUUUUACUAGCAUCUUCCUAACUUUUCAAUGAUGUGAUAACAUUAAAAAUACUUAGUCAAUAUUUUUGGGAAACCUGUCUGAUGGACUAAAGUAGAUACUUUUAGUCAAAUAUCACAUUACACUCUUCAAGUGAACUCAAAGCUUAGGUUGAAUAAUGGAUCUAUUCCUAUCUGUUAACAUUAUUUGAUUAAUAUAUUUGUAUAUGAAUUACAUAUCUUUAGGUGUGUUAAAGCUAAAAAUAACAGCAUUCUGCUAGUCACCGUGUAACACAGAUAAACCAAAGAUUGACAAACUAAGCACGUCUUAUUUCUGAAUAAUUUGAUAACGGAUUACUCACGCAUAUCACCCGACCCAACCGUAGUGCUUAACCAUGACUUGGCGCCGCGGCCGACAAAUGCGCGUUCGUAAACCGCUAUUGAAUUAUUAAAAUUCCGUCGCACGAAAAUUAAUAUAUUAGUCUAAGUUGUGACAAACAUGAUUGCAAAAUAUUACAAAUCUCAAAACCACGAACUCUAACACGCAACUUACACUUAAGUAGGUCUUGAAGUAUCAGAGCUUUACACUUUUACAGACCGCGAAACUUAAAGACGACCAAUAUCUGAAUUGCGUGCAAAUAUUCGGCCGUGGGUAUACUUAACAAGAAGUUUGUAUGUGAACCAACAUAUCAAAAAACGAUCAAAUAAUGUUGCUGAAAUGUUUUGUUAGGAAACUAGUAUUUUAGUUUUCUUUUGUUUCUAUUGUACAGUCAGCGACCAAAGUCCUUCAAAUUUACAAAACGUAAUGCAAUUAAGCAGUAUUUAUUUACUGAAAAUCGAUUGAAAAGUAGCUUGACACCAAAAUUGUAAAAGGCGCUGAAUAUGUAUGUCAGUUUGCAAUUCUGCUGUUGGUUAAAUUUUUUUUUGCUGACAACAUACAAUACUACUUCUAAUAUUUAAACCGAUGUUGUUUCAAAUCACCGAAAAUUAGUACACUGUUUGAAAUUUUCAAGUUCUCGAUAACAACUUUCUGACGUAUAGUAGUACCACAUUUAUAUUCAGCGCUUGUGCGAUUAGUAUUAUAAGAGUGAUACAACUAUAUUUCAUUUAAACUAAAAUAUGGCACUCUAUAAAUAAUAAUGUAAUUCUAGUAAAUAAAGAUCCCAUUCACGAAGUAUGAAUUGUCUGUUACAAAUUACAACACUACUAUUCUAGUGAAUGGCCCAAAAUGUAAAUAUGAAAAUAUGUAUUUAUUUUUCCAGCUGUAGUAUAAACGUCCAUGUUUUUUUGUGUAUGUAUAUUAAAUAAGUAUUUGUUACUGUGGUUGUGCCAAAAGCCUCUCUCUCACCAUUGAGGUAUAGGCCCUAUGAAGAAAUACUAAACAGUACUAUAUUUUAUUUAGAUUUUAGCUUACUUCUAGUCGAUUAGUGCACUUCACAUGAUUUAUCAGUAAAAUCUUUCGUGUAUUUAAUUAUUCUUGUAUUUUGUGAUGUCUGUAUUCAGCAAAAAUCAAUAUGCAUAAUAUUAUGAGUAUUAUAAAUAAUGGUGUAAUUAUAAAGUUAGCAGUUGUUAAAUAUCUUCUAUAAAAUGAUCUGAAUAUUUUUGUUAUGCCAAAUAUGGUAUGAAAUAAAUAAUAUAUCAUUAAUUA